AUGGCCUUCCUCUCCAGGCUGAAUCUUCAGGAAAUCCUCCAGACCCUCUCUGUUUUGCAGUGGGUGCCAGUCUACGUCUUUUUAGGAGCUAUUCCUAUUAUCCUUAUACCCUACUUUCUGGUGUUCACUAAGUUCUGGAUGGUGUCUGUGCUUGCCUUAGCCUGGCUCGCCUAUGACUGGAACACCCACAAUCAAGGUGGUAGACGUUCUGCUUGGGUACGAAACUGGACAAUCUGGAAAUAUUUCCGAAAUUACUUCCCAGUAAAGCUGGUGAAGACUCAUGACCUUUCUCCCAGACACAACUAUAUCAUUGUCAACCACCCCCACGGCGUACUCCCUUAUGGUGUCUUCAUCAAUUUUGCCACUGAGACCACUGGCUUUGCUCGGAUUUUCCCAGCCAUCACUCCUUAUGUAGCAACCUUGGAAGGGAUCUUCUGGAUCCCACUUGUGCGAGAAUAUGUGAUGUCAAUGGGUGUGUGCCCAGUGAGUGAGUUGGCCUUGAAGUAUUUGCUGACCCAGAAAGGCUCAGGCAAUGCUGUGGUUAUUUCUGUGGGUGGAGCUACUGAAGCCCUCUUGUGCCACCCAGGAGCCUCUACUGUCCUCCUUAAACAGCGUAAAGGUUUUGUGAAGGUGGCACUGAAGACAGGAGCAUACCUUGUCCCUUCCUAUUCCUUUGGACAGAAUGAAGUUCACAAUCAAGAAACCUUCCCUGAGGGCACGUGGAAAAGGUUCUUCCAAAAAACCUUCCAGAACACAUUCAAAAAAAUCCUGGGACUAAAUUUCUGUACCUUCCAUGGCCGGGGCCUCACUCGAGGAUCCUGGGGAUUCCUGCCUUUCAAUCAUCCCAUUACCACAGUUGUUGGGGAGCCCCUGCCAAUUCCCAGGAUAAAGAAGCCAGACAAGGAGACAGUGGACAAGUACCAUGCACUCUACAUCAAUGCCCUUCAGAAGCUGUUUGAUGAGCACAAAGUUCAGUAUGGUCUGUCUGAGACCCAGGAGCUGACAAUUGUCUAA